GGGCAGACCCCUCCCCGGGAGUGGCGCGAAACUGCGUCCAUUCGACAGUGUAGACGCCCGGGCGGGCGACACAAGCAGGCGCUUGUUGCUCCUGGGCUCCUCCUCCUCUCCUCCUCCUGCUCUUCCCAGAGGAGGCUUUCUCUCCCAGAGGCGGCCGCAUUUUCCUUUCGGAAGCCGCAGCAACAGCAAGGCCAGGGAAAGAGCCUCUCUUCCUGGGACGCGGAGGAGUUUCCCCUCCAGACCCCCAAAGGAGGCUGCCUUGGGCUCGAAGCCAAGGCUCGGGGUUGUUUUCCAGGGCGGCCAACCUGCCCCAACCACUGCCCGCCCGGCCUUCUUCUCCGGCCCCAGGAAGGAGGCCAGGCCCACCUGGCAAGGCAGCGGGCUUCGGGAAAGGCCAUGGGCGCCGCAGGAUGGAGGCCACGGAGGAGGAGGAGGCGAACCUACUUGUGUGAGCGAUGAUAUCUUUCCUUUCUGAGCUGAACAGUUAUGCAGACUGAACUGUAGAAGAAUGUGGAUUUAUCGAAUUCGAUGCUGCCUGUUGGCAGUAACACAUCUGUACAUCCUCAGCCAUUUGGUUUACAGUCAAGAACCAGAUUCAUCACAUACGCCUCUGAAUUUGACAUGCGUAACACACAGGCUUGCUAACGCUGUCUGUACCUGGACUACAGAAUCGCCAGAUGACUUCGGAUACAGUUAUGAAUUCUGCUAUACUACUAGCAGCAGCAUCAGAAACUGUUCAGUAACAUUAGAGAAGAAAAGCCCUGCGUUUCAAGUGAUCAUAUUUGACUCUGUUGACAUAGAGAUAUCUACCUUUAAUUCAUCUGAUGACAUGAAAACUCCAAUAGCUACAAAUAAAUUUCUGAUUGCUGAAAAGGAUAUUGCCUUUGUUCCUCCUACUCCACAUAUUCACACACUGACUCCCGACUUCAUAUCUGACACAUUGGAACUGGAGUGGUAUGAUAGAGGUUCGGACUUCGGACAUGAUUUGGAUGCUACCUGGGAAAUUCAGAUCCUCUAUAAAGAUCCCAUGGAGGAAGUGGCCUUAAUAACAUAUAAGUCAAAAUUAAAUGGCAAUGACACCCUCCUCUCUUGGAAAUGGACAUCAAAUAUCCCUUUUAAUUGCACUACACAUUAUGUAAGGAUUCGCUGUUUCCUUCAUGAGGAAACAUUUUGGGGAAAGAAGUUAUGGAGUGAAUGGAGCAAACCUGCAGACAUUCCUGGAAAAGAUACAGGUUACACUCUUGGCAAAGUGUAUCCUAUUGACAAAAUAGUGCUAGUAGGUUCCAACAUGACUUUCUGCUGCGUGUGGAAAAAAGAAGAAAGCAAUUUUGAUUUUAAUCGGACUUAUAAAUUCUGUCCAGCUCAAGGGUGUCAAAAUGCCACUCUUUCCAACUGGAGCAAGUUAAUCCAUAUGCAAAAUGUUCCUGUGUCACCAUCAUCUGGGAUAAACAUAAUAUGUGAAGGAAAGAACUCCAAAGGGGGAAAUUCUCUUUAUGGAACUGUUCUGUUUACAGGCUACCCUCCUGAUGUUCCUCAAAAUGUAAGCUGUGAAACAAAGGAUUUAAAGGAAAUUACAUGCAAAUGGGAACCAGGAAGGCCAACUAAUCUAGUUGGCAGUCGAAAAACAUCCUACACUUUAUUUGAACGAAUAUCUGGGAGAACUCUUACACACCCAGGAGACAAAACAACUCAGUGUAAUUUUCCAGUUCUGAACAAUCAGACAACAUAUAACAUCACAAUCCACGCUACCAAUCGUCUUGGUAAAACAGAAAACUCUCUUUACUUCAAUAUAAAAACCAGAAUUAAUCCAAGCCCCCCCACAGAUUUAACUGUGACUGACAAUAGCCCAACUAACAUCAGCCUCUCUUGUUAUCUGCCUGGAAAUUUCAUGAAUACUUGGCUGAAGUUCCAAGUUAAGCUUUCCAACAAAACUUUCAGCAAACUAAGGACUGUUCAUCUUGAUGGUGCAGAAAACUCACAUUACACGAUUUCAAUGGAUAAUUUGCAUCCCUAUACCAUGUAUACUUUUCAAGUUCGUUGUUCAGCUGCUGAGCCCUUCUUUUGGAAAUGGGGCAACUGGAGCAAGGAACUGUCUCACCAAACUCUAGAAGCUCCUCCUUCACGAAAUCUAGAUGUCUGGCGAGAGAAAAAUACUGAUGAAGGAACUGUCAUUAUCUAUUGGAAGCCACUAUCCAAUAUGGAUUCUAAUGGAGAGAUAAAAGGUUAUGAAGUAUCUUGGAAUGUAUCAGGGAUGCCCAUGAAGGAGUCAAUUUCUGAACUUCUGAACAACACAAAAAUAAAACUUGGAAAUAAUAACUACGUAUUCACAGUGGUGGCAAAAAAUAAAGCUGGUCCCUCUCCUCCUUCUCAAAUAAAUAGUGCUGAAAUUCCAGUUGGUCCCGUACCAACAGAGGCUGGAGUUGCAACAGGAGAUGGUGUUCAGGUCACUUGGCUUCCUGAUCCCAGUGUGACCUGUGGCUAUAAAGUCAGAUGGUGUUAUGAGCCAGGGUCCUGUACUGCUGUCAAUUGGGAAACAUUUCCUUCCAAUGUGACGAAUCCCAUCAUUAGAUCCACUCUCUUUCAACCAGGAGUUCGAUACCAUUUUUCUGUCUAUGGCUGCAAAAACAAUGGGUACCAGCUGCUAAAAUAUGUAGAUGGUUAUUCAAAAGAAUUGGAACCAGCAGUUGCACCAGUGUUUAAUGCAGUGAAAACCACCUCAGAUUCCAUCUCAAUAAAAUGGCAACAUAUUCCCACUGAACAGAUCCGGGGCUUUAUAAAGGGCUAUUUGCUUCACUUUGGAAAAGGAGAGGAAGGCAACACAAAGCCAAAAGAUUUUGAGACAGGCUACCAAUUCAUUAACAUUACAGACCUGAAACAAGAAACAUUUAAAAUUUCAAAUCUCCAAGGAAAAACUGGCUACCACCUGAGCUUAAGUGGCUACACUGCUGGAGGAACUGGUCCUGCAACAAGGUUGUUUGUGGUCACCAAGGAAAAUGCGACGGGAUUAAUUAUUGCCAUCCUUAUCCCUAUGGCAGUCGUUGUUGUCUUGGCGGUGGUGACCAUCAUCCUUUGCUACCGGAAGAGAGAAUGGAUUAAAGAAACCUUCUAUCCUGACAUUCCAAAUCCUGAGAACUGUAAAGCUUUGGAUUUCCCAAAGGAUUCUGAGGGGAACCCAAAUUCUAAAACCUUGGAGAUGAAUCCAUGUACCCCUAAUAAUAUCGAAGUGGUUGAAACCCAGUCAUCAUGCCUGAAGAUUGAGGAGGCAGUCAUUAAAUCACCUGUAACAGAGGAACUUCCUGAAGAUGGCUUUGAUUCUGAAUCAGAGAGUCACAUUGUCGUCUCCUAUUGCCCAUCCAUCAUCGAGGAGGAGCUCUCUAAUCCGCCCAUAGAUGGAUCCAUGGGAUCUUCGCAGGUUGUUUAUAUAGACAUACAGACAAUGUAUCCAGCUCCAGAUAAAAUGAAGGAAGAUUUAGAAAUUGACUGUGUGGCCUCAGCAGGUUAUAAGCCCCAAAUGCAGCUGCCAAGAAACACAGAGGAAACCUCAUCUGCAGAAGAGGAUCUGGAGAAGGCUGCAGGCUAUAGACCUCAAGUGAAUGCACCUUCCUGGAACACAGACUGCCCAGACUCUCCUGCUUCUGAUGAAAGCAACAAUGAAAAUGUCUCAUUUGGCAGCCCGUGUUCCAUUAAUUCUCGACAGUUUUUGAUCCCACCCAAAGAUGAAGACUCGCCAGAAGUCAUUAACACUGGGUGGUCCUUCUCUAACUUCUUUCACAACAAGCCGAAUGACUAACACUAGGACAGAAGUGGUUGUCUCAAAAGCAGCCAUUUGCUGGGACCUGUUUUCAACAUCCCUGCGAUGUGAUGCCCUUGAGGGUUGGUCAUUUCAUUUUUGCAAAAUUGAACAUUAACCUUCUUUUAUUUUUUAUGAAUGGCUGAGGAGUUAAUUCCUGGCACUUCGGUUUGAAGAAGGUAUCUUGGAUUAACUCAAUCUGAAGCCAAAGAGCAACAGGAGAUCUGUGUCUACAUUUGAACAGGCUGCUUUCCCUCCAUUGUCAAUAGGGCACCAGGGCUCUAUUUAAUUGACUGAUUUGAUGCUCUCCCAUUUUGAAAGUGGUAGGGAGACAUGGUCAGCCUUGCCUCUUGCUCUAAACCCAGCCAUGUGAGUUGUUACAUUAUAGAAGUGUGGAUGUAUAUAGAUUUGCCCUGCCCUGGGGCAUGCCUAAUCAAAGAUGUUUUUUCCUAAAAGUUUAGGUUCUAGGAGCGCAAACACAACAGUACCUAUACAUUACAAUAUCCAAACACAUGAAUUCCAAAACACAAACAAUGGGCACUAGCUCUCAGACUCCUCGCUUAAGGUGGUUGUUUCCAUUUGAUUUCCAUGGAAUGUUAAUUUGAAUCAACGUAAAUGGAAGAACUCCACCUUAGAUAAUUUGCUGACAGUCGUAGCAUCAGCUAUGACUCUCUCUGAAGUUAGUUUGAGAAGCCUGGAUCCUGGUUUCUGUACCUACUGUAUAAAUGUAUAUGCAAUAGUAUUGACUCAGGGGUGCAAAAACAAGUAUAACACUGAUUUCAAAACCUUAUUUAGGAGCAAGUCUUUUUUACUUGCAAGGUUUUCUUUCCCACUAUUUCUUUUUUUUACAAAAAGAAACCCAAUAAAGGACUACUUUCUCUUGACCUCAAGUAGUCCAGAAGCUUUCCCCACAGAGUGUGACUUUUCUGUGGAAGGAUUUCUGUUUUCCUCACCCUUGGGUGACCUUUAGCCUGAAAUGUUAGAGACACCAAUUGCAACUCAUGCACUACUUUCAGAGGCAGUAGGCCUUUGUGAUAUACCGUAUCCCAGGAAAAUAGCAUCUUCCUAUCUUUAUCACUUUCCACAAAAACUCUAAAACGGACAUGCUUAGCAAGAGUCUUCCAGAGAAGCUUUCCUGCGAGCACUCUUCAAAGCAAACAGGACAAAUUUGGGAGUGUUUCAGCUAAUAGAUUCCAUGGGAAAGCAUUAUUUCUGAGCAAUGGCCAGCCAUGAAUUCUUUUCACAUGCGAUUACUGUAAAUGAAGCUGCAACUGACUCUGGAUUUCAUUUCAGAUAUUUGCACAAAUAACAAGUGCAGAUUGAAAGGUUUCCUUUUAAAGCUGUUACCGAAUGAUUCCAAUAAAGGGCUUGGAAACAGAAUUACACCAACUGUAGUCUUAAAACAACACUAAAGCAGAUCUUAGUUGAACACUACUACAUUUCUUGCUAGUAGAAACUGGCAAUUAUAUUGCUUAUGAAGUUGAUCAUUUUUUAUAUGUGAACAUUUGAAGCUCAAAACUUUCAGUUUUCCUCAUUUGCACUUGGCUAUAGUGUAUGUAGCAAGUAUUUUCGAAAUCAAAUUAAGGGACCACUACACUGGUUCUGCGUUUACUUUUAUCUACAUGUUAGCUCGGCUGUUCUGGAAUUCUUACAAAGCAUGGAGCAGUUCUUUCCUGCCCAUCUGCUUUCAAAGAGAAUCCAUCUAUUCUAACCAAAUUUACUUUUAUGAUGUUUGGAUGGUUAUGUUAAGAUAAUGUGGUGCUAGCCAAAAGUUUCUAGUUCCAGUUAAUGCUAUUCAGACAGUGGUCUCAUUUUCUGAGUGCCUUUUAAUAGAGUGGACUCUUCCAUAAUAUUUGCUAUUAAGUUGUUACAUGCUGUAGCUUUGGCUAUGACAUCAAACAUACAGAAAUCUGUUAGGAGGAUGCUCUUUGUUUUGUGAAGUUACUCUUAAUGUUGGAAGUAAUCCAGAUGUUAUACUGACAUAAUGCAUCAAGAGCCUGGCUUAACACAUGGAGGCUUUUCGUCUAAAGUUGAUUUCUAGGUAGAGAAGAUUGCUUGUUUCCCCGAAGAGAUAUUGAUUUUUCUUGUUUAUCUUUCCGGGCCAUUACAUGCUAAUCUAGUUCAUCUAAAUGUUUGUUUGUUUGUUAAAAAAUGCAAUGCAACUGUUUGGUCUGACACGAUAAAUAAAUAAAAAUCUAAAUAUUUGUGAUACACACACAUGCACACACAUCCUACAUUCAUAUAUACACACAGGAGAUAAAGAUUUUAUUUUCAAAUACUAGGUUGUUGUUUUUAAAUUCCAGGAGUUUUUAUUUUGGUUUUGAAACUAGUCACAGAAAUUGAGAGAUACAAUGGGAGUUGGGGGUGUCCUGAAACAACCGUAGAUUAGAAAAUGUACUCCUGCCUUAAACCAACUGAUUUCAUUCAGUUGAAGCCAUAGUCCCUGUGUCCCUGCAGAAGCUAACAAGUUUAUCUUCCAUGCUUUUGAGCUGUGAUAACAAAUAUCUUAAGCAGGAGUGAAAAUAGAGGGAAUUUCAGUCUUCCAUGCCAUGUUUUUCAUCUUUUUGUGGUGCUACUUAACUUUAUAAGCAUUGGUCAAAAUUCUGUUACCUUGGCCUGUGCUUCACAAGAGGUCUUGUUUCUUUAAUUUCCCAUGUGUGUGCUGGGUCGUGAAAAACAAAAAACAGACUUCGUUCUAACCCAAAGAACUGACCUGAGGAGCUUGACUUUUCUUUCUAGAGCAAAGCCGAAAAUUUCAUUUCAAAAAGGAAGCUUGAGAGUCUGUUAUACCUUUUUGCAGAAGAUGGGUGAAAUUAUGUCUGCUGCUCCUUUUGGUAACAUUUUCAACUUAAAAUACGCCAUCAUCUUAGUGCCGAUUGUCUUUAUUGGGUGUUAUAAAAUGUUUGUGUGUUUUUAAAAAAAUAUAAAUUGUUUUAAAAAUAGUUUGAUGAGCACCAUGGUGUUUCAUUCAUUAUACUUUUCUGUUAAUCCAUUUGGGUUUUUAAAUUUGUUUUGACUGACAGGGAAGGAAAGCUGUGAAUUCAGUUUGAGGUUGUGACUGUUUUCGAAGUGGCAUUUUUUAAUUGUUUAGGAUGUACAUUUUUAGUAACUUGCAUAUGAUAUACCUCACAGAUUUGACGUAUCAGCUGUAGUAAGCUAUAAUUUUGGAAACAAAGCAGUGUGUUUCAGUCUCAUUGAUACCUUUCUUUCUUUUGCAUAAUUUGGCAUAAUUUGUUGGUUCUGCUUGAAAGUGAAUUUGUUCAGUGGUGAGCAAUGGGUGCAUGGAUUCGUCCAUCAAACGUUAGGCUAUUCAUAGUACUUUAAGUAGCAGGAACUACACCAAUGUGCAUUAGAUUUCUGAUUGCAUUCCCACUAUUGCCUUUUAACAUCAUCAAAGUAACCCCCAAGGUCUCAGAAAGAUGCUUUUGAUGCUGGGUGUAAUCAUUCAUGAAAUCUUCAGUUUGCUGGAGCUUUGUGACCAAUGACCAGUAGAAGCCAUUAUUUUCCAUGACAGACAACUAGAUUUUCACUGGUUGUAUGGGAGUUUGUCUCACUUUCUACAGAAUGUCUCCUAUGUUUCAGGAUUGUCACCGAAGUGCUAAACAAAAGAUAACUGAGCUGCCUAUACAGUCACACCAAAAGACUUUGCAACUCAUCUAUAUGAAGGUUUUCUUCCACAGAAUUGAAGAUGAACAGGGGAACCAGCCAAGUGGUGGCUUAUCACAGUUCAGUAUAGGCUUCAUGGUAAGAUUUGAUUUACCUGAAGGUACUUUGUCCGCCAACAUCUGUUCAUCUCAUUUGGGCUUGUGGUGUUGACUUCUCAAGGCUUACCUUAAAAACAUCUUGCUAGGGCUCCAAGCUGUGGAAUAUCAUGGGCUGCUGCCUGAAGUAUGAUGUGUCCAUAGAUUUCAAUUACAUUGAGUGCCAUGUGCUCUCUUAAGUUUCCACCUUUGCUGGUUUGGAGUAGCUGAGCCACAGGGCAUAGGAACAUCCCAAUUUAGAGGUUGGGGAGGGGAGACCCUUGUGAAGGGAACCCAUUUGAGGUCAAAAUAUUAGCUGUGAGCUUCUCUGAAAAUACAAUGUUGAUAUUCCUUAGAAAUGUGCUGAAGAAUUUUGUGCCUAUUUGAGGGCAUGUGUUCAGUCCACAUGGAGUAAUGCUAAACAAUAUUGUGCUCUGCAUGCACAUAGAGCCAUGCAAGGAGGUCACAAGAUCCUCUCCAAGGCUCAUUGGUGGUUCCUCAGCAGAUCUGUCUGUGGUGUGCUUAUAGAAUGAGUACGAUACUUGUAGAUCAUUGAUUGGCACUAAUUUCAGUUUAGCACUGGCAUGCUUUGAGAGUAGUUGAGUAAGGAGAUGCUUGCGUGUUUAUUGCCACUUUACCUAUGGGGUUGUGAGGCCUCCCUUGAGAAUGUGAAAUCUCCUGCAGUGAGAUUAAGCAGAAACUCAAAGGAAGCCAGGAUAAAUGGAUUUGAGUUCUGAUGGGAACAGAAAUGGGAUCGGAGGAGAAUUACCAUUAAUGACAUGUUACUUGUAUAAUAGAUGCUGCAUUUUAUAGUUCAGUAAAUUUUGAUUUUUUUAAACUGUGUAAAUAGCGUAUUAAAUACAUAACACAUAAUGGAUGUGAUAUUACACUCAGUGAUUUUUAAAAUAUUAAGCAAGCAGUGUCAUACUAAACUGACUGGAAGACGCAAAGUUGCCUAUGUGGUUUUUUUUUUUAUUCCACUCUCUUCAAGCUAUUUGACUUCAUCUAGCUUUGCUUUUUUCCUGUGUAAGUAGGCUGCUGAAAUUGGCAAUUCAAUGCCAAAAUGGCUCAGGUUAUCUAUCAUUUUGUCUCUUAAGCAAACGUAUGUGAUGUAACUGAAUGUACUCCUUAUUCUACUGUGCAUUUAUAUGUCUCGGGGAAGACUUUUUGAGACUGUUAUCAAUCUCAUACUGUGCCCUUGAAGUUGAGUCACUUAUUGCUGUAUUCUAUUUUGAGAAAAGGAGGGCAUGCCCACACAGCAAUUCCAGGUUAAGUGAUUUAUUGCAAGAUUAGAAACAUGAGUAUGAGCUUCACUUAGUGCUUCCUAGAAAUACUGCACCCCAGUGCCAGUAAGCAUUUUGCAGUUGUGAGAUGCCCUGGUUUUCUGUGAAACCCAUCAGGGACUGUGGACUAAAACCAGUAUGCUUUAGAAACAUCACUAUGAGAAAAAUGAAAUAUUUAGUGGUCAUGUAUUUCCUGGUAAAAUUAUCUCGUUGGUAAACACCAGUUGAUAUUGGUAGAACACUAUUUUAAGAAGAGAUACUGCAAAACUAUAAGGGAUAUAGUGCUAGUAUGCUAAAUUUAGCAUGAAUAUAAAGCUCAUUUCCCUACCUAUUUGUAUGACAAUUCACUGCUUUUCCUUGUAAUAUGCAUGUAUUAUGAAUUUUGCAAGACUAUUGUCAUGUAGUUUAAUAAACAUAUUUUCAUAUAUA